AUGAUUCUUGGUUUCACCUCCUUCUCUGAAGUUCACACUUAUUGGACCCUUUUGGGUAUUUUGCCUGGAGCAACCAAGAACUUCCUGGCACAGCUGCCAAUUCUAACCUACUCAGAGACACCUUUGUGCCUGAAGGGUAUAAGAGAUAGUACUGUCCUGGAUGGUCAGUCCCAGAGUCCACUAACUGCAGAAAUGAGGUUCAUUCUGAUCCUCUCCCUCCUCAGCUGCUUCCUUGCAGCUUACAAGGCCAGAGUCUUAACCACAUGUGAACUGGCCCAUGAGCUGAAGGCCCAGGGGAUGGAUGGCUUCCAUGGCUACAGUCUGGCAGACUGGGUCUGUUUGGCGGAGCAUGCAAGUAACUUGAACACCCAAGCCUGUGAUGGGAAAAGUGCUGAUGACUGCAGUGCCUAUGGAAUCUUCCAGCUGAGCAACAUAUGGUGCAACAACAACCAGCUUCCCUCAGAAAAUGACUGCAACACACCAUGCAGCAAACUCUUAGAUGAUGACAUCAAGGAUGACAUCCUCUGUGCCAAGAUAGCUGUGAAAGAUCCUGAAAGGUCAUCUACCUGGUAA